AUGAACGCGCCUCUCGCCUCCUUUGACUUAGAUGGGUAUGCAGCGCGGUAUCGAGCGCGGGGAAAGAUUCAGAGGCUUCGCUUUAUCGCGGACCGCAAUUCGGAUCUUCGUGUCGAUGCUCUUCGACUGGCUGUAUCUGAAGCGAAGAAAGGUUACGACACUUUUCUCUACAAGGAGAUAUUCAAACAAGCUGACGGUGCCUUAGGGGAAGAUUUCACUCUAGAUGAGGAAUGGAUCAUGAGAAAAAACCAGUGGGCAGGCAAACAGUUGGAAUUAUUGAAGCACGAGCUUGAAGAAAACAAACAACAAGCAAACAAGGAAGUAAUUCGCACUGGACACAAUGACUUGGGAGAUUUCUUUCACAAGAGAGGUAAACUAAAACAGGCAAGGGGUGACUAUACGAAAACGAGGGAUUAUUGUGGCCAUGCGCUGCACAACUUGCAAAUGUGCAUGAAAGUUAUCACCGUGAGCAUUGAAGCCGGUGACUUUGCGCCCAUUGAAAAUCACUACAUGAUGGCUGCCAACAUACCAGACGUUGACAAAGACUGCACGGAGCUGGCGAAGAUGCGAGCCUGCGCGGGUUUAGCCUCUCUCGUACGGGGAAACUAUGCGGCCGCAUCGCAGCGCUUCUUGACAACCAACGGUGAUGCAAGCGAGGAGAAGAUUUCCAACUUGCAGAGAGAGUUUGGGGAUAUUAUGUCGCUUGAAGACGUUGCCAUUUAUGGGGGUUUGUGCGCUCUUGCGACGUUGGAUCGCUCGGCCCUCACGAAACAGGUCAUUGAAAAACCGGAGUUUCGCAAUCUACUCGAACUCGUCCCAGAUGUCCGCGAAAUUAUCUACGACUUUUAUCACUCACGUUACACGCGGUGUCUCACCACGAUGGCCACUAUCCGCCCAGAGCUGAUGCUGGACAUGCACUUAGGUCGUGAGGGUCAUGUGGAUACUUUGUUCCGUCUCAUUCAACGCAAAGCCAUUGUGCAAUACGUAUCUCCGUUCAUAUCCGCAGAUCUCGGGCGCAUGCAAGCGAUCUUUGGGACGACCGCCAAGGAACUUGAGAAUGAACUACUGGAAUUGAUUCACAUUGGAGCAAUAAACGCAAGGAUAGACAAGCAAAAUAACGCAUUGCAUGCGAAGAAGUCGAACGCGAGAUUGGAAGCGAUUACGUCGUCGCUUCAGAAGGGGCAAGAGGCGUUUGAAGAUGCCGAAGCGAUGCUGCUACGAAUGACUCUCUUGAAAAACGAUGUUCAGGUCUCAUCACCAAGUUUGUCCAGGGCAGCGAGCGAGAUGGGUCCAAGAGGGCGUAGCUUUAUAUCUAUCGCGGAUAAUGUAUUUGACCGAAACAUUAGACACUCAUAG